AUGUUGGUACAAUUUAUUGAUAUAACCCCCCUGUAUCGCUUUGCUGCUCCCCUUUUACUAGUGGCCUUGAUUGCCUGGCUUCUCCACAACAAAUAUGGCCACGGCAUCAAUUCAAUCCCAGGCCCGUUGGCGGCUUCUGUUACCAAUCUAUGGAGAUUGGCCUUGGUCACAGGGCGCCGACCAGAACUGGAGCAUAUAAAAUUACAUCGAAAAUACGGCAACAUCGUUCGUCUUGGUCCUAAUGUUGUCUCAGUGUCGGACCCAAAUGCUGUUAAGGUUAUAUACGCAAUAAAUGCGGGAUUUGUCAAGUCACACUUCUACACCGUCCAGAAGCCCAUUGCACAAGAUGGGACUCCCCUUGAAGGCCUGUUCAGCACUACAGAUGAGAAAUACCAUGCAAAACUGCGGAGAGCAAUAUCGAGUGCGUAUGCCAUGAGUACACUGGUCCAGUUUGAGCCUCUAAUGGACUCAACAACAACCAUAUUCCUCAACCAACUUUCAGCACGGUAUGCAAAUAAAGUCAACCCGGAUGAAGUAUGUGAUCUCGGUGCAUGGCUUCAGUAUUACGCCUUCGAUGUGAUCGGCGAACUUACGUUCUCAAGACGACUGGGGUUUGUGGAUCGUGGAGUUGAUGUUGACGGCAUCAUUCAUGACCUUGAGAAAUUGUUAAAUUACUUUGCUUCGAUCGGACAGAUGCCUGCGCUACACUUUUUCUUGCUCCUCAACCCCCUUCGAGUCUUCUUGGGUCGACUUGGACUGUUCAACUCAUCCUCCCCAGUCGUGGCCUUCGCAAGGAGAUGCAUGGCUGAUCGCUUCGAUCCGAAACAACUCCAUUUGUCAAGGACAGCGAAGGAUGAUAGCACCAGACCUUGCGACUUUCUUUCACGAUUCCUAGAAGCUGGACAAAAAGACCCAGAGUUUAUGACAAGAGAUCGGAUUCUAACCAUGACGACAGCGAACAUGUUUGCCGGAUCUGACACAACCGCGAUCACACUGCGGUCCAUCUUCUACUACUUACUCAAAAAUCCAAAAUGCAUGCAGCGUUUGAUGGAAGAACUGAAGUAUGAAGAACAAGCGGGCCGCUUCAGCCGCGACGACGGGCUCCUAUCAUGGAAUGAAGUACGAGGCCUACCGUAUCUUGGUGCGGUAAUUAAGGAGGCACUCCGGUGCCACCCUGCUGCUGGCCUCACCUUAGAGCGGGUUGUUCCUCCAGCUGGAAUAUCAAUUAAUGGACAUUUCCUUCCAGGGGGAACAAUCGUCGGCUGCAGCCCCUGGACGGUGCAUCUUGACGAGUCUGUUUUUGGGCAUAGGCCAGAUCAGUUCAGGCCUGAGAGAUGGCUGGACAUGCCAAAUGAUAAAGUAGCAGAGAUGAACAACACUCUAUUUACAUUUGGUGCCGGUUCCCGGACAUGUAUUGGGAAGAACAUCAGCCUGCUAGAAAUGCAUAAACUGGUUCCUACGGUUUUGCGGCGGUUCGAGAUCACACUUGCAAACCCCGAGGAGCCUUGGAAAUUGCACAAUGCUUGGUUCGUGAAGCAAAGUGGGCUUUAUGUCCUGCUGAAGACAAGAACAGGAGAGGCUUCAUGA